CAUCCUUGAAAUAAAUGUUUUGUACUUUUCAGCAGAGCAAGGGACACUUAUGUGGAUAGAAUUACAAUGAGACCUUUAAACAUCUAAGGAAAUCAUCUCUCCGACUCUUCUCCCUAAGAGUGUGUUUUCUACCAGCAUGAGUUCUGAGUGCACAAGCUACUACAGCGCAGAGAAUGUGUUUAUGAAUGGCUCUUCAUGUCCUAAAGAAGGGAGCGAUCCGAGCGCAACAUUCUGCUGCGGAUUUAACGAUAUCAAGUAUUGCUGUGAUGAUCCCAACAGCUUUUUCCCUUAUGAGUAUGGAUACAUGUGGUGGCUCAGCUUUGGGGCUCUGAUAGGUCUGUCCAUAGCAGCAGUGGUCCUCCUGGCCUUCCUCAUCACAGUCUGUGUCCUCUGCUACCUCUUCAUCGCCACUAAGCCCAGUCGUCUUGACAACGGCCUGCCACUACGACCACCAGGGUUGGACUCCCGAGAGGGCCCCAGCCACUCCGGCCCAGCACCGUCCAUUGGCCCUCAGGGCUUCAGGAAGCACUUCUUCAGCAGGAAGCUGGACUGUGACAACCAGCCACCCGACCCUGAGAGAUUGUUCCAGAGGUGCUUCGUCACCACCGUCAACAUGGAGGGCCCAUCGUAGUGCUCUUAAUAUGUAGGGCACUUUGUAGGAUGCUUAGGAGGUAAUGGAGGGCCCUUCGUAGGACGCAUAAAGGCCCAGUGCAGUCAAAAACGUGAUUUAUUUGUGUUUGAUAUAUAUUUAGGUUGGGAUAAUACUGUGACAUUUUUUUAAUAAUGAUGAUGCCCUAUUAGUGUAAGAGCUUUUUGUAAAAGACUGCCUGAAAUUUCAGCCUGUUUUGGUGGGAUGGAGUUUUGGCCUGACUGGUAACAUCACCAGGCAGUAAAUUGGUUAAUAGAUUAAUAGGCCAAUAAGAGAGUUCCAAAAACUCAGCCAAUAACAGCUAGUUUUCAGUUCUCCUCCUCCCAGACAGUCCUUUCAAAGUUCUUGCAUGAGAAAUUGCUCUUGUUAAGAAGCCAUUGUUUCGUUUUGACCAUUUUGAUUCAAAACAAUCACAUUAAGGUACUUAAUUGUUACCCAGAAAUGAUUUGAUAUUAAGAUAAAAAUGGAUGCAUUGGGCCUUUAAUAUGAAGGGCGCUUCGUAGGACGCUGUCUUCUAAAGGCAGCCAGAUGCUUACUUGUUCUGACUGGAAAUGAGUGUAUAGAAGAAUGUGCCACACAGUGGGAGGACUGGAGAAGCAACAACCAUUAAUGACCAUGUUCUGUAUGGACUGGAGUAGUACUGAGUUUGUCAACGUUCAAACAGUGGUUGGCUGGUUAACCCACUCUAGAAACAUUUCAGUUGAGCUUCUUUUUUCUGUUGAUGAAAAUAAACUUCAAAAACAGAAAGACAGAAGUCACACUGGACAACUGUGGAGCCGAAGCAUCGUCUGUCUUGCCUCACCUCUGUAUUCCAAUGUUGUUUGAUGAAGCAAGAGAAGGGACAGAGGGAAAUCUUUUCAGUCAUUAUUUUGUGUUGAGAAAUCCAUUUGAACUGUGUCUGAUUUAACAGAAGCUCGUGUGUCUUCAAGACAGACUGAGAUAACAAGCUCCUCAAACCAGCAUUAUUGAACUUCAACGCCGACAGUUUGUGUGAUUCUUCACCUUCUAUCUGGACACUGUUUUCGAUCAUCUACGUGUCUGUGUGUGAAAUGUUUAUUUGGUUGAGAAAUUUGCCAAUGGGACAACAAGUGUCUACAGCGUAUUUGCAUCCAAUAGAACUGAUAAGGAAGUAAAUCAGACAUAGUACAACACAUAACAAACAGAAAGCCUCAGAAAGCCUGGCGCGCACAGCGGUGUCGUUUUGCCCUUAUGUGGAUUCCAGCUUUAAAAAGGUCAUGUCUGCUUAAUAUAAAAUACAUGAAAUUGCUUGUUGAAACAUUGCAUGUUGAACUGUCAUCUGUAAACUGUCAUGUUGGAUUUUCUCACAACUCAGCUUUGAUUAUGGCAGAUUAUAGAACCUAUUCCCAUAUGUCGUCCCCCCCCAUGUUCAGAAACACUUUAAUUCAUGUGGUCAAAGUCAUUGUGUCGCCAAUUUGCCAUAUACAAUGGCUGCAUGCCAUGAGGCAUCAGUUGUGUGAGUCACUUCUUUGUUAGUCAUGCUUCAACUAGAGAGAGUAACUUCUCAAAGAGGAAAGAUGUUGCAUCUUUAUGGUGUGUUAUCACAGCAGGCACCAAGUUUAAUGUUUUCUCAAUCUAUUAGUGUGUGGCUGAGUGCACAACACAUUAAAAUGU